AUGCCUCGAGCCGAGGACACCUCCCGCUUUAGCUCCAUGACGGGCUCCAGCACCGAUAGCGCGAGAUCCAGUAUCACGGUGAAGCCUCUGCCCGCGACGCCUACCACUCCAUCGCUCCCCAACGCAGCCGGUGCGGACAGCAAUGGCUUCAGAGUCGUCCCACGUGGAUCGCGACGAGCGGCUCCGGCACGCCUCAAGACGGACGAUAACGGCAACCUUAUACGGCCUGUCAAGGAUUCCGACGGCCAGAUCUCGCCAACCAACGGCUCACGCCGUGCACUGUCUCCCUCGUCGCUAAGCUCCAACGCGUCGGUGCGCGAGCAUGGAAUGAGCGAUCUUCUCGAUUACCGCCGCGACCUAGCGAUCCUAGACCCCGCCGGCGGCCGGUCGUCGCGGAAUCAGCAGACAAACCCGUCCAGCGGCUCUCUCAACCAGAUCCCGCCCUGGAUGGCCGCCUCUAACAACGCCGCGGCGACGGCUCCCACUUCUGACCCCAUGCCCACAACGUUCUACAACGACUCGACCGAUAACCUCUCGUCGAGUUCCCAGUUGUCCCCCGGCAUCCGGACCUCCAUCAGCCGCCCGACGCUUGCUGGCAGCAGCGACUCUCCUGACGCUGCAUACUUCACCGACGAAAGGCGCCCGUCCGUUGCAAGCAUCACCACAACAGCAAGCAGCCAUAGUUCAAGAGCCAGUGGGACAAGAGGAGGGUUUCGGAAGUUGCAAGGCUUUUUUGGCGAGGAGUUUCCGGGGAGAGACUCGUCUGAAAUCAGCCUCCCGCACCAUGGCACUGCGAAGGAACACCGCUCGCAUUCCUACAGCUACAACCGGCAGCAUAGGGAUCGCAACCUCUCAAAUGCUACUGAUCAUGGACGGGACAACUCCCCGUCUUCGCGGCCUCGAACGCCGGUACCGGCUCCGGAAGUCGUGCCGUUCUUAUACCAAGAAGCCGGUGACAUUGCGCGUUACGGGGAAGCGCCCGUCCGAGACAUCCUCAGCGGCCCGGAUCGUGAUCGCUACAUCACCGACGGCUCCUCAAAUCCGCCCAAGACGUCUGGCUCUGGACGGUCGGGCCACUCAAUUGUGCAUUUGCCUGGGCACCAUCACCGGCAUAAUAAGAGCAACGAAGACGAAAGAUCACUGCGACCAUCCAUCAGCCGCGACGAUUCCAACGCAGCCACCAUCAAAGAACGUUCUGGCUCGGCCGGAAUGUACGGGACAAGGUCGCGCGCCCAGAGCCCGGCUCCAAGCUCGAACAGUAGUUACUGGGGUUCCAAGAACAGCGGUGGUGAUGGACAGACAUCGCCCGGGCCCCAUCCCACGAAACGGCGUUUACUUCCUCGCUUGGGUCGGAAGAAGGAGAAGGACGACACGGCCGAUCUCAGGAAGCUUCCUGCAUCGACCCAAUCGCUGCAAUCACGGCCGUCCAGACAGGAGUACCCUUUCAAUGACCGACAGCCACAACAAGGAUCCGAAUGGCCGACCACGCCUGACGUUCGCGAGGCCUACGCACCUCGACCCGGAUUUCCGCGAGGCGCGACUUUCAACAACAAGUUCCCCUUUUCGUCCAAAAAGAAGAGUGCCGCAAGACAGCACGAUGACCUCGACGAGAACAUCGGCCCAACGGACAAGCAGGAUAAUGGAGGAGGUACGGUGUUCCACCUCGACACAAACCUCAGUGAUAUGGAGGGGAUUCUCAGCAGGCCGUUGCCAUUAACCCCGUUGGAUUCCGACUUCGUAAACGAAUUCGACUUCGACAAGCUGCCCAUCAAGCCCACAGAUCCCAGCGGUGCGUGGAAUGCCCCUGACAGCUGGGCAGUGCGCAAGGGAGAUCAGGCAUCAUCGUCAUCCCAACUCCCCGAAGCCGACGACAUAGGGAGCCCGCCGAGACCAGAGGAGAAGUUGACCAACUAUUGCAUCCGCGUCUUCAGGGCGGACGGCACCUUCGCAACUCUCCAAAUGGCGCUGGACGCGACAGUCUCGGAUCUUACCUCCCAGAUCAUCAAGAAGUCGUACGUGAUAGAUGGAGUGGAGAACUACAACAUCGUCCUAAAGAAGCACGAGUUGACUAGAGUUCUCAAGCCCGCCGAGCGCCCACUGCUGAUGCAGAAACGGCUGCUCCAGCAAGUGGGAUAUGAGGAGCGCGACAGGCUGGAGGACAUCGGCCGGGAGGACAACAGCUAUAUCUGUCGCUUCAUGUUCCUCUCCGCGCGAGACAGUGAUCUCCAUGACGCGGCACACAACCGAGGAUUCGACAAAGAGAAGAAGGUCUACCACGUCGACCUGUCUGGCCUCAACAUAACAGCAAUCCCGGUCACGCUCUACUCCAGGGCUGCUGAUAUCAUUUCUCUCAAUCUAUCGAGGAAUCUAUCCCUGGAUGUGCCUCAAGACUUCAUCCAGGCCUGCGAAAACCUGCGCGACAUCAAAUACCUUAAUAACGAGGCUCGGAGACUCCCGCGGAGCCUGAGCUGGGCGACCAGGUUAUCGAUGCUGGAUGUGUCGAAUAAUCGGCUAGAUCAGCUUGAGCACGUGAACCUCCGCGGUCUGGCGGGGCUCCUGAAGUUCAAUCUGGCCGUCAACAGACUCAAGGACCUCCCUCCGUAUUUUGGUGCAUAUUCGAUGCUCCGGCAGCUGAACAUCUCGUCGAAUUUCUUGGAGAAGUUCCCUGCUUUACUCUGCGACAUGGGGAGUCUUGUCGACUUGGAUCUGAGCUUCAACCUGAUCAGUGACUUACCGGACGCCAUCGGGAAGCUGAGAAAUCUAGAGAAAUUCGUCAUCACAAAUAACCGGUUGACCGGUCCCUUCCCGGAUUCCUUCAAGAACCUGAGCAGCCUGCGCGAGCUUGACAUCAAGUAUAACGCGGUAACAAACAUCGACGUGAUUGCCCAGCUUCCCAAACUAGAAAUCCUCACCGCCGACCACAAUUCGGUCUCCCAAUUUGUUGGCACAUUUGAGAGGCUGCGGAGUCUCAAGCUCAACUCGAACCCCGUUACCAAGUUCGAAAUCACGACGCCUGUCCCGACAUUGAAGAUUCUGUAUUUAUCCAACGCCCAGCUAGCCAGCAUCGAUGACUCGUUCAACAACAUGCCAAGCCUCGAGCGACUGUACCUGGACAGAAACUACUUUGUCUCCCUGCCGAGCCAGAUAGGCAACCUGAGGAAGCUCGAACACUUCAGCAUCGCACACAAUUCAAUACGCCAGCUGCCUUCUGAGAUCGGAUGUCUCACGGAAUUGCGUGUGCUAGAUAUUCGCGGAAACAGCAUCAAAAAGCUUCCCAUGGAGUUAUGGUACGCGAGCAAGCUGGAGACUCUGAAUGCGUCGUCCAAUAUUCUGGAUGGUUUUCCCAAGCCGGCGUCCCGUGCGCCCCAACCCCCGGAUGACGCGGCCAGCACGACCAGUUCCAUCAGCAGCAAGCUAUCCGGGACGACGCGCGCUCUGUCACCGAUGCCGAGCGUUGAGGAACUCAGCGAUUCGUCCAGGCGUCCGAGUCAUGCAUCCAGCACGCUUCUCAGUGUUGGUCCGUCGCCAGUCCCUGGGGCGGGUGACAGAAAGGGUUCAAUGGUGUCGUUAUAUGGGAAGGGCGGCCGGAAGACGUCCGUCGUCUCGCGGAGCACGCAAAGCAGCUCGACCCCCACGAUCAGUGUUAGAAAAGAUUCUAACCACUCGGCGCUUCUGACCAACACCUUUGCUGGUUCCCUCCGCAACCUGUAUCUUGCGGAUAAUCGGCUAGACGACGACGUCUUCGACGCGAUCGUCAGUCUACCAGAGCUUCGGGUUCUGAAUCUCUCCUACAACGAGUUGAGCGACAUGCCGCAGCGCACAAUCAAGAACUGGCCACAGCUCACCGAGUUGUAUCUCUCGGGCAACGAGCUCACGAGUCUUCCGGCCGACGACAUCGAAGACUACUCCCCGUUGCAGACGCUGCACAUCAACAGCAAUAAAUUCACCAACCUCCCAGCCGACAUCUCGCGGGCGAGCAGGCUGACCGUGCUGGACUGCGGUAGCAACUCGCUCAAAUAUAACAUUGCCAAUGUGCCUUACGACUGGAAUUGGAACCUCAACCCGAAACUGAGAUACCUCAAUCUCUCGGGCAACAGACGCCUGGAGAUCAAGCAGAGCCAUUCCGACGUGGUUGGACACGACCGCGAACAGUACACCGACUUCAGCCACCUCACCAAUCUCCGCGUCUUGGGCUUGAUAGAUGUGACGCUUACCCAGCCCAGAAUCCCAGACCAGAGCGAAGACCGCCGUGUCAGGACGUCUAGCUCGAUGGCGGGGUACCUGCCUUAUGGCAUGGCCGAUACGCUCGGCAGGAACGAACAUUUGUCCACCAUUGACCUCGUUGUUCCGCGCUUCAACUCUUGCGACUCGGAGACUCUCCUGGGCCUGUUCGAUGGCCAGACGCUCCAGAGCAGCGGCUCCAAAGUUGCCAAGUACCUUCACGAGAACUUCGGCCAUGUCUUCGCCCAGGAACUGAGGGAUCGAAGAGCCAAGCAGGGCGAGACUCCCGAGGACGCCCUGCGGCGCGCUUUCUUAGCCCUCAAUAAAGAUCUGAUCAUGACCGCCAACCAAUCAACAGAAGACCGGUCAUUGACGGCGCACCGCGGCUCGCAGGCCUCGCUGAUCCUGAAUAAAGAAGACCUGAAUUCAGGCGCUGUUGCUACCGUCGUUUAUCUCAACGAGCAGGAGCUGUACGUCGCCAAUGUGGGCGAUGUCCAAGCCAUGCUCAUCCAAAGCGAUGGCCAGUCCGUAAUGCUCACCAAGAAGCACGAACCGGCAGAUCCCCUUGAACGCUCCCGCAUCCGGGAUGCUGGCGGCUGGGUCUCACGCCAGGGAAAGCUUAACGAUCUUCUUCCCGUGUCUCGGGCCUUCGGCUACGCGGACUUUUUGCCUGCGGUGCAAGCGGCGCCCAACAUCAAGCACCACACUAUUGAGGAACGGGACGAGACUAUCCUCAUCGCCACCCGGGAGGUGUGGGAAUACCUAACUCCGGAGCUCGUUGUCGACGUCAUGCGUGCCGAGCGCGGCGACCUGAUGCGGGGCGCGCAGAAGAUCCGAGAUCUCGCCAUGGCGUACGGCUGCAAGGAGAAGAUCAUGGUGAUGGUGGUCGGCGUAGCGGACCUCAAGCGCCGGCGCGAACGGUCGCGGAUGCACAGGGGCCAGAGCAUGUCGUGGUUCAACUUCCCCCAGGAUGACAGGGGCCUUCCGCUCUCGACACGAAGAGGAAGAAAGGUCAGGGCGGAAGGGCCGCUCGACUCGACGUUGCAACGCCUGGACGCGGAGGUGCCUGCGCCGGACGGCACGGUCGCGAUCGUCUUUACAGACAUCAAGAACUCUACACAGUUGUGGGAGACCUUCCCAGACGCCAUGAGGACGGCCAUCAGACUGCAUAAUGAGGUCAUGCGGCGGCAGCUGAGAAUCAUUGGUGGGUUUGAGGUCAAGACCGAAGGCGAUGCUUUCAUGGUGUCUUUCCCCACGGCCACGUCGGCCCUGCUAUGGUGUUUCGCAGUCCAGAUGCAGCUCUUGAAGGUAGACUGGCCGACCGAGAUUGUUGAGUCCAUCACGGGCCAGCCAACGUUUGACCGGGAUAACAAGCUCAUCUUCAGGGGCCUGUCGGUGCGAAUGGGCAUCCACUGGGGCGAGGCAUACGCCGAGCCGGACCCCGUGACUCGACGCAUGGACUACUUCGGCCCGAUGGUGAACAGGGCGAGCCGCGUGUCGUCCUGUGCCGACGGUGGGCAGAUCACAGUAUCGUCCGAGUUCCUCGAUGAAAUCGUCAACUGGACCAGAGCAUAUGAGAAACCAGAGGGCACAGGCGAGGACCUGUUCGACGACGACGUUUACACCCGGGCCAUCCGCAACGAGCUCGACGCCUUGACCCGCCAGGGCUUCGAAAUCAAAGACCUAGGCGAGAGAAAGCUAAAGGGCCUUGAAAACCCCGAGCACAUCUACUCGGUCUAUCCGCGCGAUCUAGUGAGCAGGUACGACCAACACAGCUUACAUGAGCGGGCGCAAUCCACGACCGACAAGCCCGCCGUGCUCAGCCCGGACAGCGAGCUGGCCGUCGACCCGGACGACAUCUGGAGCCUCUGGCGCGUCUCACUGCGGCUCGAGAGGCUGUGCAGCGCGCUUGAGGACGCGCCCGGGCGUGGGCUGCAGCCGCCCGAGACGGAGCUUCUGGAGCGGAUAAAGAACCGUGGAGGGGAGGUCACGGAGCGGUUCCUGGUCAGCUUCCUGGAGCACCAGGUUAGCCGGAUCGAGGCAUGCACCGGGACCCUUGCUGUCCGCCAUUUGGUCUUCGCCCAAGACCCAGACAGACGACCAAGCGACCUUCGUGCGCCAAUGUCGGAGGUGCUUGAUACACUCGCCGAGCGGCUGGCGCUUCUACAGCGGUACGAGGCCCGCUUUGGCCCGCUCGAAGGCGACGACUACGGCAAUGAAACGUCAGCUUCUGCACCUGCGCGGAAGCGAUUGACAGACAGCGAUCUCGUCUCGCAAUCGGGUUCCAACUCCGAUGUGGCCACGCCAGACUCGGAGGGACUCGGUAGGGAUUGA